CGCGCUCGCUCCACUCCAGGCGUCGUCAGGUACGAGGAAUUAAGGCCACGGAAAGACGGAGGGAAAGCGGCAGGAAAGUUAAGGACAAGCAAUGCUAUCUACUGACGAUGCCUCAAUCCGACUGAGAGCGCAGCAGGAUGAAUUUAAUCUUUUGCACUUUUUCGGCACACUUUUACUUCGGCUUCCAAGUGCUCCUGCAUUCCUUCGUCGUGCCUUGCUCGCUGCACCCGCAGCCGUGCCACAUCCUGGCGCAGAUAGGGCACACCGUGCGCCUCGGCGCCCUGCUGCCCGCGCGCCAGCCCGCCAGGGUGCAAGCGGCGCUCAGCCGCGCGCUGGCCGGGCUCGCGCGCUCCGGCGACAACCUGCUGCCCUACAACCUGAGCCUGGAGAUGGUGACCCGCAAGCCGGCGAGCGGGGACCCCGAGACGCUCUUCAGGUGCGUGUGCCAGGCGGUAGUGGUGCAGGGGGUGUCCGCCGUGCUCGCCUUCCCGCAGAGCCACGAGGAGCUCGUACAGGUGGAAUUUAUGGCUACUUUUCUGGAAAUCCCCUUCAUCAGCAUCGUUGAGCACGGAGAGCCGCUGAGCACGCAGAACCGGUUCCACCUGCAGAUGCUGACGCGGAUCCCUCCAUCGGGGCUGGCGGAGAUGCUGCUGACGGUGCUGCGGCGGAGCGGCUGGCACGAGGGCAUGGCUGUUCUGUGCCAGGGCUGGCAGGAGGCCGGGGUGUUGGAACUUCUGGAGCUGCAGAGCCGGUCGGGCUGGGGCGAGCCUCGCUGGCACCUCCAUGCUGCCCUCAACCUGACAGAGGCUGAGGAAGAACAGAUGGAGGUGCACGACUUCCUCUCCAAGCACUUCCGGCAGGCCCGCCCACCCCCGACCUCGGUGCUGCUUUUCGGGGCAGACCCGCAGUGUGCUUCCACAGUCCUGCGCAGUGCACACGAAUUGGGCCUCUCCCUGCCCACCUUGCACUGGAUCAUGGGACAUCCACUCAGCCCAGAUUCCCUCCAUUCCAUCGGUCUUCCGCUGGGCCUGCUUGCCUACGGGGAAGUGGACCAAAAACCGCUGGACUUAUAUAUCCGUGAUGCCCUGCAGCUGGUCAGCCGGGCCGUCUCUGCUGCCACGGUGGUGCGACCCGACCUGGCUCUGAUUCAAAAUAUGGUCAACUGCUACGACAAACCCAACAAGCACGAAGUUCCAUCCUCUGGACAGUACCUUGCCAGGUUUCUCUCCAACACAACCUUCAUUGGGGACACAGGUCCUGUCAAGGUUCAGCGGAACAUCUCCCGUGUCCUCACCUCCCAGCGUGCCCAUAUUUGGAGCCUGCGGCGCGAUGCUGUGGGACAGCCCACCUGGGUAACGGUGGGUAGCUGGGAAGCCGGGAAACUGGAGGUGGAGGAGCAGGGGCUAUGGCAAGGGCCAUCCCAAAGACCGCGGGCUGAGGGACAAGAUGGAAGAAAGAAUGGACGGUGGGACACCUCACUGCCAGUGGCAGGGAGCCGCCUGAGGGUGGUGACGCUGGUUGAGCACCCCUUUGUGUUCACACGUGAGGUGGACGAAGAUGGGAACUGCCCUGCAGGACAGUUAUGCCUAGAUCCACGCACCAACAACUCCGACAUACUGGACCGCCUCUUCCGGGAGCUCUCGCAGGGCAACAACAGUUUUCUUCCUGACGAAUAUCGCAAGUGCUGCUAUGGCUACUGCAUCGACCUGCUGGAGAAACUGGCCGAAGACAUGCGCUUUGAGUUUGACCUCUACAUUGUGGGAGAUGGCAAGUAUGGGGCGUGGAAGGGCGGGCGUUGGACGGGGCUAGUUGGCGACCUGCUCAACGGCAUGGCUGACAUGGCGGUCACUAGCUUUAGCAUCAACUCUGCCCGCAGCAAAGUCAUGGAUUUCACUAGCCCCUUCUUCUCCACCAGCCUGGGGAUCCUGGUACGUAGCAAGGACACAGCUGCGCCCAUCGGUGCCUUCAUGUGGCCACUGCACUGGUCCAUGUGGAUGGGCAUCUUCCUUGCACUGCACAUCACUGCACUCUUCCUCACCCUGUACGAGUGGAAGAGCCCCUUUGGCAUGACACCCCACGGGCGCAAUCGAGUGAAGGUCUUCUCCUACUCCUCUGCGCUUAACCUCUGCUAUGCCAUCCUCUUUGGCCGUACAGUCUCUAGCAAGACACCAAAGUGCUGUACUGGACGCUUCCUCAUGAACCUGUGGGCCAUCUUCUGUCUGCUGGUGCUGUCCAGCUACACUGCCAAUUUGGCUGCUGUCAUGGUGGGCGAGAAGACCUUUGAAGAACUCUCUGGGAUUCAUGAUGCCAAGCUCCACCACCCUUCACAUGGCUUCCGGUUCGGCACAGUCCGGGAAAGCAGUGCAGAGGACUACAUGAAGAAAAGCUUUCCAGAGAUGCAUGAAUACAUGAGACGCUUCAAUGAACCAACUACGCCUGAUGGAGUUGAGACGCUCAAGUCAGAUCCCCCCAAGCUUGAUGCCUUCAUCAUGGACAAAGCUCUGCUGGACUAUGAGGUCUCGAUUGAUGCUGACUGCAAGUUGUUAACCGUAGGCAAACCCUUUGCCAUCGAAGGCUACGGGAUCGGACUGCCCCAGAACUCCCUCCUUACCUCCAACGUGUCUGAGUUCAUCAGCCGCUACAAGUCAGAUGGCUACAUGGACAUGCUGCAUGACAAGUGGUACAAGGUGGUGCCUUGUGGGAAAAGGGUUUUCGCUGUGACAGAGACGCUGCAGAUGGGCAUACGGCACUUCUCGGGGCUGUUCGUGCUCCUGUGUCUGGGGGUGGCCGGGGCUCUGCUCACUCUGGCUGGCGAACACGCCUUUUACCGCCUUGUUUUGCCACACAUCCGUCGACGGCAGAAGUUCAAGUACUGGCUCCAUACCAGUCAGAAAAUCCACAGAGCUUUAAACAUGACCUACGAAGAUGUGAAGAAACAACGGGCCAACACUGAAAAAAGCUGCAACAUCCAGAAGGUGCAGUCAUCCCCAACGCCGACCCCACCUGCACCUCUGACAGGUGCUACCACUAAAUGGAACAACGAGUCCAGUAAGGUCUCGCGGGAGCCUAAGGACAACAAGCGGGUCCACUUCAACUUGGAGACGCUCAACAGCCGUCGUCUCCUGGCUCGUGCUACGCCUGAAGGGGACAGAGGCGACGCCCGGGGGGCACUGGCUGUGCGGGUCUGCGAGAACGGCGGCCCAGCAGCUCCGCCGCCCGUCCUGAGCUUGUCGUCGCCAUCCCUCUCGGUCUCCUCUCCCGGUUCCCCGCCCCAGGACGGAGAGCUUGAGGAGCUGCAGGAGAGGAUUGAGGUCAUCAGGAGCCAGCUGAGGGUGGCUCUGGCCAGGAGAGCCGAGCUGCAGACCUGCCUGGCCAAAGAGAAGGCAGCCCACGCCACGGCGGUUACAGAGGGCCCCCCGGUGAGGCUUCCCGUCUUGCGGCCCGCGCCAGCCAAAGAGAGCAAUGGAAAGAGGUGAUGUCUACAGGACCGAGGCUCGGCCCCUGGACCAGAGGGCCUAAGAGGCGGCAGACUGUUGAGCCAGCUGGUCAGGAACACUAGUGUGGGAAGCUCGGUGGUACGGCUGCCACGUGCCGUGGUCUCCGCCCUGCGGGAGUUCUCAUGGACACCUUACACUGCAUUACACUGCUUUGCUGCCAGUGUGCUGGAAUUUGCCCCAUUCAGAGACUCUGCACAGGAGCUCAUGUCAAAAUGGACGUGUGGACCAGAGGGCUUCCAGGAAGCUACAAAGGUGCCCGCUUUGAGGACAGAGUUACACUUACUAUUGUACCUCCUCCACUGACUCCCCUCAGCCCUGCUGUCACGCUGGGGAACACAAUACCCUGGACCUACUCGUUUCAUAAAAUACAGGACAGAGCAGCAACCUGCUUCUCAUCUUUGUUUCAAAUGUCAUUGGACAGCGGGUAAGGCCUACUUUACGGAUUUACUUGAAAUUAACGUAAUUGCAAUCACAAAGAAGGCGACAGUCGGGCCUUUCUUCGGAGUAAAAGCAGAACUGGCAACUGGAUUCACAAGGACGACGGGAGGCAGAUGGCUCUGGAACCUUUUUUUAAGUGUUACCAUUAUUUAAUUCUGUAAUAUCUGGAUUGGUAUUGUUCAUUGGCAACUACUUUUUUCAAAAAUAAAUCUUGUCUUACUGAAGUAUGAGUAAAAAUAAAAUUUUGACUUA